CAGGCGGGGCCGAGCGGCGCGGGGAAGAUGCGCUCGGCGGCGCGGACAGCCGCGCUCCUGCUGCUCUGCGGGGUGGCCUUGGGGCUGUACUUCCCCAGGAAGGAGUACUUGGAGAAUGUCUACAUUGAUGAGCCAGCAGGAAUGCCUCUCCUGCGCAUCCAUGCCCUGAAGGAUUCACCUGAGGAAGUCGCCCACUUCCAUCUGUGCCAGAAUCUCAUCAUUUCUCGAGGAAGACAUGAAAAUAAUUGGUUCCAAAUCAAAGAAAAAACAGGGCUUCUCUACCUCAGCAAAAGCCUGGAUAGAGAGGACUUUAACAUGCUAUCUGUUGGAAAUUGGAAGCCAUUACCCAAGGUGAUGCUGUAUGUCCACCCUUUCCAAGAGAAAGAAUGUGACUCCACUACACGCACCACAAUUUUCCUCUCUUUGAUCAAUGCUACUGCACCAGCUUGCAGUUCCCUGACAGCAAGGCAGCUUUGCUUCACAGAAAUGGAUCUCUCCUUUCACAUCAAGGAGAAUAAACCACCUGGUACUUUUCAUCAGCUCCAGUUACCCUCAGUUCAUCAUCUGUGUCAGAAUCUCAGCAUUUCCUACAAACUGAUUGCAGCUGAAGGUGUUCCCUUUCGGUACAACGAGAACUCCACGGCCGUGCGGGUGACGCAGCGCCUGGAUCGGGAGGAGAGGGAGAGGUACGAGCUCAUUGCCAAGUGCACCGUCAGAGAGGGACUCCGGGAAAUGCAGGUGGAGGUGCCUUUCCUGGUGAACGUGUUAGAUGAAGAUGACUCUCCUCCCUUCCUUCCCAACGGCACCGAUACUGCAGAUGCUGUCGUGGAGUUCAACAGGAAAGAGGGCACUGUUCUUUCCACGCUGACCGUGUACGAUGCAGACACCACACCUAUUUAUCCCCUUGAAAGCAGCAGAAAGAAAUACACAGGAACCAUCAUCACUGAUGACCCCUGGAUAAGUGAGACAUUUCGUGUGGAGCACAUCUUCGAUGAAAUCCACUUCAGCCCAAAUGGCAGCCAAGUGAGGGGAACUCGGCAUGAGUACAAACUGGUACUGAAUAAAAGCAUUUCAGUCACAGAGCAUCGUUCCUUCCAGCUGGAUGUUUUGGUGAAUGACACAGAAUUUCAUGGCCCAGAAAGAUCAGUGAUGCUUCAUUUCAAUGUCUCCAUCCUCCCUGUCAGCAUUCAGUUUUCGAACAUAACUUACCAGUUCACAGUGAACAGAAAUGCUGAACGCUUUGCACAGAUAGGAAAGAUCUGCAUUGAAAACUGCAUGAAAUUCCGUGGUGUAAACAUCAGCUACAAGCUGCUGUCCCCCAAUGCGAGCUGCUAUCCUGUCAGCAUCCUGCAGGGACGAGAGGGCAAGUAUGGGAGCCUCUUUGUGAACGAUUCCUCUGCGCUGCGCAGGCCUGACUGCAAGGAAAUACAGUACACUGUUCAAGCUACAGACAAGCAGAGCAGGAAACACACCAAAACCCUCCUCACUGUUGUCCUGGAAGGGACUGUUUUAAAAAAAGAAGAGGACUGCCCUGACUCUUGUGCUAUCAGUAAGCACCGUGCUGAAUGUGAAGAGUGUGGUGGCCUGGGAGUGCUAACAGGAAGAUGCCAGUGGAGACAGGGGAGUGGGAAAGGGAUCACCACAAACUACUCCACGUGCACCCCGAGCAUCAAGACUUGUCCAGAUGGCAUCUGUGAUGUGGUGGAGGGCAGAGACCCGGCUGUGUGCCCGCAGGACUGCACAAGUGGAAACAUUAUUGGUGGCCAUGGGAAGGGCAUUGGAAAUCUUGGAAUUAAGUCAGGACAUGGGAUUUGUUACUGCUUCCCAAGACAGAACUGUUACUGUGAGAAAGAUGAUAUCAAAGAGCAACUGUGUGAUGACAUGUGCAAGACAGUGAUCACGGGGGCAGUGGUGCUGUGCUUUGUCAUGUCCGUGCUGGUUUCCUACUAUUGCAUCCACCGUUACCACAAGAAUUCCCCGAAGCCGCCCAUCGCCUCCGCGGAAAUGACGUUCCGGCGCCCGGCGCAGUCCUACCCCAUCAGCUACUCCUCCAGCAACGUCCGCCGGCCUUCCCUGGAUUCCAUGGAGAACCAGGUGUCUGUGGACACCUUCAAAAUACCAGAAGAUCCAAAGUGGGAGUUCCCUCGGAAGAACCUAGUUCUGGGCAAGACCCUUGGAGAAGGAGAAUUCGGAAAGGUUGUCAAGGCGACAGCGUUCCGACUCAAGGGAAGAGCUGGCUAUACCACUGUGGCAGUGAAAAUGUUAAAAGAAAAUGCUUCCCAGAGUGAGCUGCGAGAUCUCCUGUCAGAGUUCAACCUUCUGAAACAAGUCAACCAUCCUCAUGUCAUCAAGCUUUACGGAGCCUGCAGUCAAGAUGGCCCGCUGUAUUUAAUUGUGGAAUACGCCAAGUACGGCUCCUUGCGCAGUUUCCUCAGGGAAAGCCGAAAAGUGGGCCCGAGCUACAUGGGCAGUGAUGGCAACAGAAAUUCCAGUUACCUGGAUAACCCGGAUGAGAGAGCCUUAACCAUGGGAGACCUGAUAUCGUUCGCGUGGCAGAUCUCCCGAGGGAUGCAGUACCUCGCAGAGAUGAAGCUUGUGCAUCGGGAUUUAGCAGCCAGGAAUGUGUUGGUGGCAGAAGGGCGCAAAAUGAAGAUUUCUGAUUUUGGCCUCUCACGUGAUGUAUAUGAAGAAGAUUCGUAUGUAAAGAGGAGCAAGGGUCGAAUCCCUGUGAAGUGGAUGGCCAUAGAGUCACUAUUUGACCAUAUCUACACAACACAAAGUGAUGUAUGGUCAUUUGGAGUUCUGCUAUGGGAGAUUGUUACUUUAGGAGGCAAUCCUUACCCAGGUAUUGCUCCUGAAAGACUCUUUAACCUCCUAAAAACAGGCUAUAGAAUGGAGAGACCAGAAAACUGCAGUGAGGAAAUGUACAACCUUAUGUUGCGCUGUUGGAAGCAAGAACCUGAUAAAAGACCAACAUUUACUGAGAUCAGCAAGGAACUAGAGAAAAUGAUGGUGAAGAGUAGGGACUACUUAGACCUUGCAGCUUCCACACCCUCUGACUCCUUACUGUACGAUGAUGGGCUCUCAGAAGAGGAGACACCUCUCGUGGACUGUAAUAAUGCUCCCCUCCCUCGAACCCUCCCUUCCACAUGGAUUGAAAACAAACUCUAUGGCAUGUCAUACCCGAACUGGCCUGAGGAGAGCCCCGUUCCACUCACAAGAUUCGAUGGCACUAACUCUGUGUUUUCAAGAUAUGCAAAUGAUAGUGUAUAUGCUAACUGGAUGGUUUCACACUCAGCGGCAAAAUUUAUGGACAAGUUUGAUAGCUAAAAUUUUCUUUGUGAAAGGUAAUGGACUCCUGAGGAAAACAAGGAGGCAAAGAGUGAGAAGUCUAUUGGCUCGUUCUUUGUUCAAUUAACAACUAACUUUUAAAUUGGCGAAUCCCUUUAUUGGUAGUUUUUAAAGUAUGUUAUUUAUGCUGAAGACUAUAAUUGGUACUCUCCCCUUUCAGAAAACAUAUCAAGCUGGAUAAGAGUUGUAGUUCUGGUACUUCUUUCUAAGUUGCCAGUUUGCAUAUGGUUCCAUUUGGCAACUUCUUAGUGCAAAUGGCCUUGCACUUCAUCCUCAGUGUUUUUUUAGAUGAACCAUCCUGUGUUACAGCAUUCUGGGAUGGUAAAAUGUACUUGAACUGCUACUUUUAUAGUGGCUGUUAGCAUACAACCACUUGAUCUAAGCAGGAAGCACAAACAAUAUAGAGAAGGGAGGAGGGAAACAGGCUCCCAGAUUACUGAGCUUGCUAUCAAAUGACAAGUGUUAGGCUGAUGUUGGCACUAACAAAGCCAAUAUCUUGGUUUGGAAGCAAACAUUUAGUAACUCAAUAGAGGACUUGAGAUUCAACAUUUGAAGUCUUGUAAAAUGUAUUGUCUUGUCUUAAUGAGCAUUUGUUUUAUUAGUCUAAACUUCUCUUACCUUUAGCACAAUGGAGAUAAAUUUGAUACAAGAUAAGCUGUAUAGACUGAUGGCAAUCAAGAGUGUUCGUCUGACAUGUUUACUUUCCAUCACUGACAUAUUAGUAAUGUUAAAACAUACAGUCUUGUACAAUCAUAGUUUUUCUUUAAUUUAAAAGUUAAAAAUAGGUUAUACAGGAUUUUUAGACUGAAUUCACAGAAUAGAAUAGAAUAGAUCAAUACAUCAUAGAAUGGUUUGUGUUGUAAGGGAACUUGGAGGUCAUCUAGUUCCA